CAGCUGCUGGCGCCCUUGUGACUUUGUAAGUCUCUCAGCUUCUCGGAAUGGCAUACUCAGUUUUGUACAAUACAGAUUUAAAGAAACUUCUCCAGUAAGCCUGUUCACAGAACAGUCUCCACUCCUGUCCCCGGCAGCUAGUGGGACAGCCUCCACACUCCUGCUCUGUGCAUUUAAAGACGUCCUCAUCCGCAGUACGGAAUGGACCCUCCUCCAACAUGGCGUAUCCCAUAGGGAAGCGCGACCUAGGCGCGGCCAUGUUCCCGCCGAAUAACGCUGCCAUGGGCAUCAAAUGCCCCAAAGCCUCGACUCUAACAACUCCUCGACUCUGCUGAGAAAGGCCACGCAGGUGAUUUUGCGCGUGCGCGGACCUCCUAGCCGCCCCAGGGUUAAGCCCCCCAAACCCAAGAAGGGGCGGUGCCAUUGUGACCGGAAGCGGCUGCGGUUCUCUGCGGUUUGAUAGUUGUCAAGCAGAUUCAACUCCCUGCUGGAGGGAUGUGGAGGUUGAUGGUCGCCCAGGGAGGAUUUCUUGGAGUCUCUUCAGAGUCCCUGGGCCACACCCCAUAUUGAAUGCUGCAAGAUCUUCCUUCUGACCCUAGCUGCUCCAGUUGAUUCCACAGACCUCACCAGACUUGGAGAACCUUGGAAAAGCAAGUGGUCAGCAAGAGAGCGCUAGGGCUGAGGUCCAGUGUGAACAUGGCAGCCAUUGGGAACUCUUUCCAGCCAGAGGGAUGUGGCAACACCUGUGAGGUACUAGUGUCGUUUGAGGAUGUGACUGUGGACUUCAGUAGAGAGGAGUGGCAGCAACUGAACUCUACUCAAAGAUGCCUGUACCAUGAUGUAAUGCUGGAGAACUACAGCCACCUGCUCUCACUGGGGUUUGAAGUUCCCAAGCCAGAGGUCAUCUUCAAGUUGGAACAUGGAGAGGAACCCUGGAUGUGGGAGGAUACCCCGCAUCAUGAUUAUUCAGGUGGGACAUUUGAGAUGAAGAACUCAAAAAAGAGAAUUUCUGGAAAAACUACAUUUCAUAGUGAAAUUGAGGAUGAUGAUACAAGGGACAACUCACUGUAUUCCAUUUUAGAAGAACUGAGCCAUGAUGCUGAGCAGAUAAAAAGAUAUCAGGAAGAAUGGGACAACUCUCUGAAUCACACUGCUUUUGUUAAUAAGAAAAUAUUGAAUACAGAGUGGGAUUAUGACUCUACAGACAUUGAUGAAUGCAUACAUCUAAGCCCAAAUCUUAUUCCUUCACAGAAAAAACCCCAUAUACAUGAAUCAUUUGAGAAGCAUUUUAAGCAUAAUUUAGACUUAUAUAUUCAUAAUAAAAACAAUGCAACAAAGAACUUUGAUAAAAUUAUUGGCCACAGUCAAGUUUUUGCCCAGAGUACUUCUUAUACUGCCCAUGAAAAUGUGCACACAGAAGCAAAGUUCUGUGAAAGUGAUCAGUGUGGAAAAGUCCUCAGCUUCAAACAUACACCCAGUCAAAAUCUGAAAUUCCCUGUCAGGGAAAAAGCAAACACAUGUACUGAAUUUGGGAAGAUCUUCACUCACAAGUCACACCUCUUUGCACCUCCAAGAAUUCAUCCUGUGGGAAAACCUCAUGAGCUUAACAAAUGUGUAAAUGUUUUUACACAGAAACCACUACUUAGUAUAUAUCUAAGAGUUCAUAGAGAGGAAAAACUAUACAUAUGUACUGUAUGUGGGAAGGCCUUCAUCCAGAAUUCAGAAUUAUUGACGCAUGAGAAAAUUCAUACUAGAGAGAAACCCUAUAAAUGCAGUGAAUGUGGAAAAUCAUUUUUUCAGGUGUCAUCUCUACUUAGGCAUCAAACAGCUCAUACUGGAGAAAAACUCUAUGAAUGCAGUGAAUGUGGGAAAGGCUUCUCCCUGAAUUCAGCUCUCACUGUACAUCAGAAAAUCCAUACUGGAGAGAGACACCACAAGUGCAGUGAGUGUGGGAAAGCCUUUACCCAGAAGUCAACACUCAGGAUGCAUCAGCGAAUUCACACAGGAGAGAGAUCCUAUGUAUGUACCGAAUGUGGGCAGGCCUUCAUCCAAAAGGCACACUUGAUUGCCCAUCAAAGAAUUCAUACUGGAGAGAAGCCUUAUGAAUGCAGUGACUGUGGAAAAUCUUUUCCUUCUAAGUCCCAACUUCAGAUGCAUAAGCGAAUUCACACAGGAGAGAAACCGUAUGUAUGUACUGAAUGUGGGAAGGCCUUCACUAACAGGUCAAAUCUCAAUACUCAUCAGAAGUCUCAUACCGGAGAGAAGUCUUAUAUCUGUGCUGAAUGUGGGAAGGCCUUCACUGACAGGUCAAAUUUCAAUAAACACCAGACCAUUCAUACUGGAGAGAAACCCUACGUCUGUGCAGAUUGUGGGAGGGCCUUCAUCCAGAAGACAGAAUUAAUUACACAUCAGAGAAUUCAUACUGCAGAGAAGCCUUAUAAAUGUCCUGAUUGUGACAAAUCCUUCUCUAAGAAACCACAUCUCAAAGUACAUCAGCGAAUUCACACCGGAGAGAAGCCAUAUAUAUGUGCAGAGUGUGGGAAGGCCUUCACUGACAGGUCAAACUUCAAUAAACACCAAACCAUCCAUACUGGAGACAAACCCUAUAAAUGCAGUGACUGUGGGAAGGGCUUCACUCAGAAGUCAGUUCUUAGUAUGCAUCGCAAUAUUCAUACAUGAAAUGACCCUAUUUCUUAGAACUGAGAAUUUUUUAUCACAAAAGUCAGGUAUAAGUGUGUAUUAUAAAAUUCACCUAAGACAGAGCCAGGCAUGGUGUUGCAUGCCUGUAAUCCCAGCACUCAGGAGGCCGCCUGGGCUGCAUAA